AUGUCUCAAAUUAAUGACGAACAAGAAGAAAUUGUAUACGAAGAAUGGAUGUAUGAUCUAACAGUGGUAGAUUUUGUUAUCGCAGGUUUAAUACCUAUUGAUAAAGCAGUUUCACUUAUAAAACAAUGGGAACUCGAAGAUAAAAUUGCUGCUGCAACCAAUUAUCAUCCGAAAAUUUUUGAAAUUUUAACUAAUCCAAAUAUAUCGGCAAGAAAUGCUUGUGUAAAUUGUAAUACCACUAAAUCUCCAGCAUGGAGAAGAGAUGAUCAUGGUAGAUUACUCUGUAAUGCUUGCGGAUUAUAUUUGAAACAACAUGGAAAGAAACGACCUGUUGAACAUAUACAACAAGGAAAUAAUAAAUGUAAAAGAUCAAAAAUUGAUUCCAACAUGUGA